ACCCGUCCUCAUCACUGCUCAACCAGCAUAAAGAGACGAUGUGUUUGUAGCUUCGCUUGUUUAAGUUAUAUAGCAACGUUGAAACAAUUGUAUCCGGCAGACACCGCCGCCCCCUCGUCCGCGUUGUUAAAUAGACCUUGUGUUUCCAGCACCGGGUCCUCCUUGGGGUGAAAAAGCGCCUACAGGGCUUCAGUGCUGAAAAAAAGGAAGAGGUGGACAAGAGGACCGAGCUCUGUCGGGCGUGGUUGCAAGAAAAAACUCAUCUUUGUUAGCAAAACUAAAGUCGCACCUAUAAUGUCGCUGUCGGUACCGCAGAACGGAGUAAAGGCGGAUAACGAACCCGUUAUCGAGCUGUUUGUGAAGGCAGGAAGUGAUGGAGAGAGCAUCGGGAACUGCCCCUUCUCCCAGAGGCUCUUCAUGAUCCUGUGGCUUAAAGGAGUCGUCUUCAACGUCACCACAGUGGACCUCAAGAGGAAGCCGGCAGACCUCCAGAACCUGGCCCCGGGCACACACCCGCCCUUCAUCACCUUCAACGGUGAGGUCAAAACGGACGUCAACAAGAUCGAGGAGUUCCUUGAGGAUGUUCUCUGCCCACCCAAGUACAUCAAGCUUGGUGCAAGGCACCCAGAGUCAAACACAACUGGGAUGGACAUCUUCGCCAAGUUUUCAGCAUUCAUCAAGAACUCCAAACCAGAUGCAAAUGAGGCUCUGGAGCGCGGCCUUCUGAAGACCCUGCAGAAGCUGGAUGAGUAUCUCCGCUCACCACUGCCCGACGAGAUCGACCACAACAGCAUCGAGGACAUCAAGGUCUCCAGCCGCAAGUUCUUGGACGGUGAUGAAAUGACCCUGGCUGACUGUAACCUGCUGCCCAAGCUGCACAUAGUCAAGGUGGUGGCCAACAAGUACCGAGGCUUCGACAUCCCCAAAGAGAUGACUGCCAUCUGGAAGUACCUGAACGUCGCCUACACGCGCGAAGAGUUCACCAACACCUGCCCAAGUGACAAAGAGAUCGAGAUAGCCUACGGUGACGUAGCCAAGAGGCUGGUCAAAUAAGCUCCUCUGACCUGUCCAUCCCUCACCCCGUAUACCCCCCCCCCCCCCCCCUCUCCACAGCCCUACACCUCCCCCACCCCCAGCACCGGGACUGAUGUGCUCAUUCACGAGAAAGAAAAAACUCUGGACUUCUUUUCCUUCUCUCCUCAUCGAGAGCGAACCCCAAUGCAUGAACCCUUCUUGAUCUUUUUUUUUUUUUUUUUUUCGAUUUUUACAAAGACCUAUUUUUAGUUGAUUCAGCAAAAGGUCACCUUUGUUCCACCUUUCAUCAUUAAUUGCUUUUGUUUUUCAUUGGCUGAUGAAUGUGAGGCGAUGGGAGAAGCGGCCAGACAUUGUAUCUGUGCUUAUCAAUGUUGGGAGCCUCGUCAAACGCACUCCCUGAUAAGUGACCUUCAAGCUGACCUUCUCUCUGCGAGCAGGGGAGCGGCCACAAGCUGUUAAUUUUCUGUUGUCUGUUUAUUAUUGAAAUGGCUCUAUCUAGGAUUGCUUUAAAAUGAACAGCGAGAAGCAGUUUAUCCCGUCUUUUGGCUUAUUGAGAGGCAUUGUAAACAGUGUUGAAGCUUCAGUGUUUCCGGCGUAAGUAUUUGACGGAUUUAAGUAGAAGCUAAUCCAGAGCGGAGUGUUUGACAUAUCAAGUGAGCGAUGCUUUAUUUUAAUGUUGAGUUGCUUAAAAUAAAUCAAAAAUAAUUGUAACUGCAGGUAACGCUACCUGGUAUCCAUGCUCUGAUUUCCUCAUUGCCUCAAAUAAGGCAAACGUCUUGUAGCUCAGAUCAGUAGAAUUGUAGGGAAUUUCCUGAACCCGCUGCAGAAGUAACAACUCAGGACAAAUCUAACCUGAGGCCUAAGAAAUAUUCAACCAUAUGUAGCUUACAGAUAUUCAAGGAGGUGGAGGUGUCUAGGCUGGCCUUUUUGUUAAUCAGCACAGCAAAGCUCACUUACUCUUCCCUUGUGAAGCAUGAAGAAAAGUCUUUGGUCAUGCUGACUGUAGCGGUAGUUUGGAUUACACAUGGCGGACCAAAAAGGGGCACAUUAUACUGGUCCCACUGUGGAUAGGAUGACUCCGGCUAUGUAAAAACGGAAACCACACACUCUCUGUUUCCUUCUCCAUAGCAUACAGAAUGAAGGACACUAAUGUGCAGUCUGGAAAGGCGACACGAAACAUAUUUAUGACAAGAGGAAAGUAGCAAUGAAACGAAUACCUUUUCUCUUCUGUAUGUAGAUUGAUCUCUGUGGUAGUGAAUGUAUGUUAUGAUACAGUAGCUCCAAAAGUGCUUUAGUGCGUUUGCCAUGUUUUUGAGGACAUUUGUUAUGACACAAAUAAAUAAUAAAAAAAGGAAUUGUAAAUA